AUGAGUAUUCCAACCUCCAUUCAUGCCGCGCGGGAGAUGAUCCGUGUGAUGGCAUCUGGCAAUGAGUUUGUUGUGCUUGUUCACGAGGCAACCAACGAGGACCCUUGGGGGCCAACGGGUGCACAGAUGGAUGAAGUCUGUCGAGCCUUUGCCCGCGGGUCAUUUGAUAUUAUGGAGGAGAUAAAACUGCGUCUCAAACACCGUGAAAAGGCGUGGCGACCUUGUUACAAAAGCCUACUUCUUCUUGACCAUCUUGCUCGCAACGUGCCGGAGUCGGGACUGCCGGCCAUUUGUACUGUAAUCCCCACUCUUCGUACCAUAUCUCAGUCGUUCUAUUACACGGGGAGUAAGGGGACAGAUCACGGUUUGUCUGUGAGAGAACGCGCAAAGAAGCUCUGUGAUCUUCUCAGCGAUGGCACCUUACUCCGUGAGGAGCGCGAGAAGGCGGCCUUGACACGCUUCAAGCUCUCUGGCGCGUCUGGCGUUGGCGGUGGCGGUUACCCAACUUCGCACUACCAGGGCUACUUAAACAGCCCGAUGCCGCCAUCGCUUUCGCCACACGAUGCGUACGAAAAUAAGACCCAUUUUGGUCGCACGAGGGAGGAACAGGAGCGGUACGAUAUGGAACUUGCAGCUCGACUGCAACACGAAGAAGAGGUCCGUUCUGGUGUGUCUGCUGGGGAUGCAGAAAGGAUGUUUAACCGGCAAGUUCAACGGCAACCCACGUCAGUGGAACAGGCGGCUCGCAAUUCUGACCUUGAGUUAGCACGUCGCCUUCAGGAGGAAGAGGAAAAGAAGCGUCAAAUGAAUUUUGCCAAUGAGGCCUUGCCUUCCGCACAGAGCGCACCCACUCCAAAGCCAGCAAAUUCUCCGCCCCCUGCGUCUGCCGCCCCUCCUGUCAAGCCAGAACCCCCAAAGAAAGAUUUCUUGGAUGACUUAUUUGCUCCAGCACCUGUAAUGACGGCUAACACCUCUGCUCAACAACCUGGUUGGACGGAAAGCGCACCGUUUCAUCAGCAAAAACCGGCUUCUGUGGAUCCUUUUGAUGCGUUUUUGGACACACGUAUUCGGCAACAACAACAGCAGCAGCAAAUGCUGUCAGCACAAUUUCCACAGCAGCCGCCACAGCAGCAGCAGCAGCAGCAAAUGGCAUACGGUAGUUAUUCACCGUCGAUGGCCCCACCACAGCAGUAUACUGGCAUGGUGGCAGGUGGCGGAGGUGGAUGGACCGGUGCGACACAACCAUCGAUGAUGAUUCCGCCUGGCGCAGGAGGGAGUGGGUGGUCGAGUGGGGUCCCUACACAAGCGUCGUAUGGAGGGCCCCCAAUUCAAACUUCUUGGGGUGUGCCGUCCUCGACAAGCAAUGCCGGCGCCUCAAGUGGAACACAAAGGGCACCAUUUUUUUCUAAUGGAAAUAGCGAUAUGCAAGGGAAGGCUUCCUUUACAAAUGUGAGUGAAGGUGCGAAAAACAUGAGCCUAAUUGAACAGCAAAUGGCUCAGUUUGCCGGACAAGUGAGUGGCCAGCCUCAGCAACAGCCGAAGUCGCUGAACGCCCUGAUGGCGGAGCGCCGACAGUCUGAGUAG